UUUAUGAAUUUUUAUUUUUAUUACAGGUGUUUCUCUCGCACAAUUCUUACAAACGGAAUUAACAAGAGGUUAUCAAUUAGAAAAUGAUGAAGAGAGAUUUUCUGCAAGAAGAGAGAAAAUUUAUUCUUUUAUGAAAAUUCCAAGAGAAGUUGAAAAAUUUAUGGCCUAUGGAUUUUUACAAUGUGCAGAUUCUUUUUUAUUUGUUUAUACAUUUCUUCCACUAAGAUUUAUGAUGGCACUGUGGACAAUAAUUACGAGACCCUUAUUACACUGCUUUGGAAAGGAAAGGAGUAAUUUAAAAGUUGGAGAACGGCAUCUAAAACCAGCAGAGAUUUGCGAUCUUUUAAAGGGAAUUGUGGUGAUCAGCUGUUGGGCAGCUACAUGGAAGGUUGACACCUCUAUGAUGUACCAUUUGGUGAAAAGUCAAUCAGUAAUAAAAUUGUAUAUAUUUUAUAAUAUGCUGGAAGUCGGUGAUAGAUUAUUCAGCGCUUUUGGCCAAGAUACGAUAGAUGCCCUUCUAUGGACAGCUACGGAGCCUAGAUCAAAAACACAAACACAAACAUCUCAACAUUUGGGCACUCUACCUCAUCUAUUGUUUGCUGUUGCUUAUGUUUUAUUACACAGUAUAUUGGUGCUUUUCCAAGCAACGACUUUGAAUGUUGCCAUUAAUAGCAGCAACAAGGCGCUACUUACUAUAAUGAUGUCUAAUAAUUUCGUAGAAUUAAAAGGUUCCGUUUUUAAGAAAUUUGACAAGAAGAAUCUAUUUCAAUUAUCUUGUGCAGACGUGAGAGAACGUUUUCAUUUGAUGAUGCUUCUUCUUGCUGUAAAUCUGCAAACAAUGAAAGAAUACGCAUGGAAAGCGGAACGACUUGCAGUACUAUUACCAGAUUGCAUAAUGUUGCUCUUGGCGGAAGUCCUCGUAGAUUGGGUGAAGCAUGCCUUUAUAACUCGUUUCAACGAAUUACGUUCAACAGUAUACAGGGACUAUACAAUAAGUUUAGCGUAUGAUAUGGCGCAAACUCGUGAUGAGACCGCCUUUUCUGAUGCUUCGGACCUUGUAGCCCGCAGGAUGGGUUUCAUUCCUCUUCCGCUAGGUGUCGCAAUGGGAAGAGUACUUUGCACGACUAUCACGCCGUCUGCCAAACCAGCCAAUAUAAUUUUGUUGCUUCUGGCAUAUCUAAUAUUAGUGGCAUUCAAGAUUUUAAAUAGUUUGAUAAUUCUUGGUAAGGCAUGUGAUUUCAUUUCAUCACAUUCCACGGAGCCUGAUAAUGAAGUGACUUCUUUGAAACAUUCUUCAACAAGUACCGAUAUAAAAAAUCCAAAUUUAGCUACAGCAAUUUUUUCCAAUAGUGCAAUUAGUUUAAAUAACGUUUGUCUCAACGAAGCUGUCUUGAAGGAGGAAAUAGAGUGUCCCAGGAAAGUACGAGAUUUAAUUUCAUAUAACAGAAAAAACUUAAGGAAUUUAAAUCCAGUGAUCCAGAUGGCCAUAACAGAUGCCUUUGCUUUAUCCACCUCUAUUACAAAAUGGGUUUUUAAAAAAAUUAUGACAAUUAUAAUAUCAUAAUAUUUCAUCAUAUUGGAAUUAUUCUUCUUAAUGUACGUAAGGUAAGUCGUUUGCAAAAUAUUUUUAUAGCUUUUUGUUGUAUAUUGUCUAAUGUAUUAUAUGUAAUCAAAUACAAUUAAAAAUGAAAAGGAAAUUUCUCAAAAGUACUAAUAACAUUUAUUAUAUUAUUAUAAUUAUAAAGUUAAAAUUAAAAUGCAUAAUAUUUAUUAUAAUAUUGUAUUAAGUUAUAAUAUAACUUUUUGGAAGGAAAACCAUUACUUUAAAUAUCUUGUUUAAAGUAUGAAUGUAAAUUUAAAAAGUCAUAAAAUACAAGAAAAAUAAUAAAAUAUUGUCUUAUUCUAGUUACAAUUUUAUUUUUUUAUUAUUAAAUCAAUUCAAAGUCAAAAUGAAUAUAACUUUUUUCAUACAGAAUGAUAUAUUAAAUAUAUUGGUUAAAUUAUUAGUUUUCCUGGGACAUCCUGUAUAUAUAUAAUUUUUAAUAUUGAGGUAAUUUAAGAAAGAAGAAUCAAAGAAUAAAUCAAUUUUAUAAUAUAUUUUUAAAAAUAUAUGUAAAGUGACCAAUAAUAGAUUACAAAAAGAAUAUUUAUUUAAUUCAAAUUUUAAUAAAAUCCUUUUGUUUAGAAAAAGUUGUAAUAAUUAUUAUUUGGUUGUAAGUAUGUUAAUAGUGAUUGUGUGAUUGUGAUGUAUAACAUUUAAUGUAAUAGUAUACAUAUGUAUUCAAUAUUUCAAUGUUUAAGACAAUGAUCAUUUUAAAAGUAGAUAGUAUGUGCAAUUGUAUUGUGCAAAGAAUUUAUAUUUUAUUACUAUUAUUGUUAUUGAAAUGGGGAAAAAAAA